AUGGCCAGACCCGAAUACCAGCCUGUGUCUCGAAAUAAUGUCGACCGAAUCCCGCUCGUUGAGCCGAGCGCUUCAGUCGGUGACGACGCAUCCGACUCUGACCUCGAAAACGACAUCGCCAUCAGCGAAACCGAAUUAAAGCGCGACCAUAUUCCCAGACGAACCCUCAUUCGUGUCCUGGCAGCUAACGGGGUCAUCCAAAUACCAAUCUGGGGCUUUGCAAUUAGCUACGGCGUAUUGGAGGAAUAUUACUUCAACAACUGGACUCUCCAGGGAAACAAAGAUAUCACGGGCGCUAUCGGAACAACAGCUAAUGGCAUCAUGUACCUCUCCAUGCCCUUCCUCUUCGCGCUGUUCACAAGACGAUGGGCCUACCGGCGUCAAGAGGCUGCUUUCUGCGGUGCCCUCAUAGCUUCCAUCAGCUUCUUCCUGUCAACGUUUAGUACAAAUGUUUGGCACCUGCUCGUCACGCAGGGUAUCACCUCAGCGUUUGGUUGCGCACUCAUCUACAGCCCCAUUACGCUCUCCCUGGGCGAAUGGUAUACUACCAGCAACCGAUCCGUGGCAUACGGACUGGUCUUGUCAUGCAAGAACAUUGUUGGAACUUUGGGCCCAUUCCUCUUCAAAGCUUCACUUGAUACGUGGGGCUUCCGAACAACUAUGACGGCCUGGGCGGUGUUCGUCGGCGCAGCGAGCAUCCUCAGUAUCAGCCUUGUUCCCAUUCCACCAUCAAGAAUUGCCAUGCACAAGACGCCAGAGAGGAAUAUCCCGUGGCACUUUCUCAAGCACCCCGCUAUAUACUUUUAUAGUAUCGCAGUCUUCUUCCAAGGAACUGGCUAUGGUUUGCCUCAGACAUACCUGGGUACUUAUGCCCAAGACUUUAGUCUUUUAUCGGAGACAAUGGCAACAACUGUCUUGGCUUUACAAAACGCCGUCGGGAUCCUUGCAUCCGCUUUCUUCGGAUGGCUCAGCGACAACAAGCAAAUCGUGCUGUCAGCGCAAACUGUGUCGGCAAUUCCAUGUGUAACUAGCGGCCUAGCCGUGUUCCUCUUUUGGGGAAACACUACUCAGGGAGGUGUUUUUCUCUUGGUUCUCUUCUCCAUCACAUUCGGCUUCUUCUCAAGUGGGUACAGUGCUACUUGGGGAGGUAUCCUCAAACAGAUGGAGAACGAUUCCGCAGACAGGGGGGAGUCUAUAGAUGCUGGGCUGAUAUACGGUCUUAUAAACGGUGUAAGAGGCAUAGGGUAUCUCGUUGGGGGUGCAGCGAGUGUAUGGCUAAUCAACGCUGGCACGAUUUCCGACUGCCAACACUUUGGGUAUGGUAGUAGUUAUGGGCCGCUUAUCCUCUUUACGGGCCUUGUUUCUCUUGCCGGAGGCUGGGUUGUGAUCUGGAGCUGGUGGCCUGAGUCUUGGACCUUUGGACGGCGCAAUUGA